AUGUCGGCUGAAAAGCGCCCGGCGGACGACGAUCCCGGCUUGUCCACGUCCCUGGUGAAGAGGCAGAAUGUCAAUGCCUCCGAGGGAGCGCUUGCUCGACUCAAUGCAUCAAGCAGUGCAUUGGUACAAGCUGCACCCCGAACGAGCGGGCUCCAGGCCCCGGUGAUGGAGCUGACGGGACACUCUGGGGAUAUUUUCACUGCCAAGUUUGAUCCUACGGGCAACCUGAUUGCUUCUGGAUCAAUGGACAGAAGUAUAAUGCUGUGGAGGACUUAUGGCGACUGCGAAAACUACGGCGUGCUAAACGGCCACAAGGGCGCUGUUCUCGACCUGCAAUGGGCGCGGGACUCGGAGAUUGUCUACUCUGCUUCGGCUGAUAUGCACCUGGCCAGCUGGGACCUCACCUCUGGAACGCGAAUACGAAGAUACGUCGGGCACGAAGAGAUUAUCAAUACCUUGGAUAUUAGCAAGCGAGGCGAGGAGAUGCUGAUUAGCGGAAGCGACGACUCGACGAUUGGAAUUUGGGAUCCAAGGUCGAAGAAUGCGGUCGACUAUAUCCAGACCGAAUUCCCCGUCACAGCUGUUGCUAUAUCCCAGGCCGGCAACGAAAUCUACACGGGAGGAAUCGACAACGACAUUCGCGUCUGGGAUUUGAGAAAGAAGGCGGUGGUGUAUUCUUUACUAGGUCAUGCAGACACGGUCACGUCGUUGCGAGUAUCGCCCGACUCCCAGUCUCUGCUGUCAUAUUCGAUGGACACGACGGUGAGAACGUGGGAUAUUCGUCCGUUUGCACCGACGGAGAGGCAUAUCCGAACGUUUGACGGAGCGACAGCCGGAGUAGAUCAGAACCUGGCCCGUGCCAGCUGGGAUUCGGAGGGCAAGAAGGUUGCAGCGGCUUCAGGCGACGGCACAGUGGUGAUUUGGUCUGCCCAGACCGGAAAGCUGCUGUAUAAACUCCCAGGCCAUAGAGGCGCGGUCAACUGCGUAGAAUUUGCGCCUGGCAAGGAGCCAAUCCUGUUGUCCGCCUCCUCAGACCGUACCAUGCUUCUCGGCGAGUUAAAGUGA